GCCUGUCGGAGCAUGUGGGUCUGAGUGCGACGGGCAUGGCCAUCCUGGAGGUGGGUCUGCUGAGCGGCUUCAGUGUGGCGCCGGACGCCAUCCAGACUGACGAGGUCAUAAAGGCGGUGGAGAUGCAUCCUGGGAAAGUCGUUGUGUACCUGGACUCUGUGACGACGGACGAGAUGUGUCUGCAGAUUCUGAUGCACGUGGAAUAUAAAGUCGCCAAAGUGCAGGAGGCGACUGUUUCCAUCUACGAUUAUUAUGAACCAAGACGGAGGACGGUGAGGACGUAUAUGUCUGAGAAGAGGAACACCAUGUCCACCUGCUCCUUCUGUGGCCACGACUGCAGCGAGUGCAGAGUGGAGGAUUAUUACGAACACAGUUCUGCGUCUCGCUGCAGCAACAACUUCCCUCUGCUCGCUCUUCCUGCUGCUCUGCUCUUCACCAUCGUCUUCAGCCUGUAAAUAGUCAAACAAGUUCAGGGUCAGAUGUGAAAAUGUGUCGGGCUCAGCUUUGUGUGGAAAAACAUUGUGUAGUGAUGAAGUGGCUGGAAAAUGGGACAUGACUGAUAAUUGAAUUCUCCCUUUACUCAAAUGUGUGUAGUCUGUUUAUAUAUUCAUGUGCAGUUGAAGUGUGAAGUAAAACUUCUCGCGAGUGAGAAAUGUUAAAUAUUAUGUCAGAAGUAGGUUUUACAUCUGGGGGAAAUAUCUCAUGAAAUGAAAACGUCUCCAGCUUUAAUCAUGUGUCCUCAUGUAUCUUUUAAUUGCU